CAGGACACUAUCUCCUAGCUCUCCAGCUCCAUCACAUCCUCUGACCAAACAGGAUGGCUCCUUACAGCGCUACCAACAUACUCAGUACUGAGCACAAGUCACAAGGAAUAAGAAAGAUGAGAAAACCAGUGGUUGAAAAGAUGAGGAGAGAUCGGAUUAACAGCAGCAUCGAGCAGCUCAGGAUGUUACUGGAGAAAGAGUUUGAGAAACAUCAUCUCCCAUCCAAACCAGAGAAAGCUGACAUCCUAGAGGUGGCAGUGAGCUUCCUGCAGCAGCGCAUGGCUACCAAAUAUGCACAAUCAGACAGUCCAGUCCACAUGGAAGACCACUCUAGAUAUCUCCAGGACUCUCUGCAAUUUCCAGAGUUUUCAAAGAAGUUUCUGCACAGUUUCCAUGAGGAUCAUUCUGUGACAGUCAGUCCUCCUCUGUCACCUUUGUACCAGACACCCACCAAAUGCAAAACCCCUUGGGCCAGCAAAGUUCUAUGGAGGCCGUGGUAGAUACUUAAUGGACUCUGAUUUCUUAUGCAGCAUCAUUUGCUUUGUGCUAUCUCCUGGCUUCUUCAGGGCAAUUGCAAUUGGACAAAUUAAGCCUUUUGAUGAAAAAAAGGUCAUGGUUGCUAUUUAUAAGUAACUGGUUAUAACAAAUUCAACAUCAAAGUGUCCUAUCUUAUAUGUUAUAGGGCUAGAGAUGUCUGUUCAGUAAGAUAUUUCCAAGAGAAAAACAAAGGUUGCCUUCUGAGAAGGAAAUGAAUUGUGUUGUAUCAAAUAUUUCCUGUAUAUUACAAUGUAACUGUAGGUAUAGUUUAUAUCAGUGCAUGAUGUGGUAUUGAGGGGGUAUUGCACCCCAUCCCAUUAGUAUUUAUGUACCAUAAUGGUAUGAUUCUGGAUUAUUGAAUGAUUGUUAUAAUUAUUUUUAUAUAGUAUGACUUCUAUAGGUGUUAUGUACCUUAAAAGUCAUUCAACUCCAAUGCAUAUUUAAUUUAGGGACACAUUACUCCCUUUAAUAAUAAUUCUGUUACAAGUGCAGGAUUAUUAGGUUAAGUAUGUAAUAGUUAUAUAAUAUAGUAUAUAUAAUAAUAUUAUAUAGUUGUAUUUGUAACAUUUCGGUUACAACUUUAUAUAAUUAUUAAUAAUGUAAUACAAUACCAUUAUAGGUAUAGAAGUUUACACUUUGUGUAACAUAAGCAAUCCUGUAUCCUCUGUGAGGAUUACACAUUAAUGCAUUCAAUAUUUGGAUGUGUGCGGUGAUUUAUCAAAUAAAUUGUUGGUAGGAAUGUAUUAUAGCAUAAUGAUUUCUUAAUAGUUCACUGAAUAUCCAUGCUUGCAGUAUCUGUAAGAGCAUGAGGUGUAUGGUAUGCAGUAUUGCACAAUGCAUCUGACACUGACUGUAAUUAAUGACUUUCAUGACAGAAUAUAAGUCUGGUUUCCAUAAUGGAAGUUUCUACCAGUACACUUCAAUAAAAGCACUGUAUGAAUAUAA